AAACAACAGUCAAUGGCGUCUUUUUUCACGAUAUCGGCAAAAAUAGCCAAGUUUUCCUGUUUUGCAGGUUGAAAAUUUUAAUUGAACCGCGCUUUAAAAAGGGUGACCGCAACGGAUGCCGGUCGGUUGGUGUAUUAGCUUAGAGUUUUAGUUUUUUCUUUUAUUAUUGUUUUCUCCGCUGGUUUCUCGGUUGGACGAUGGACAUACAAGCUCCGUCACCACCAAAUGAUAUCGAACUGCGGAACAUAAUCGACAAACUAGCCGAUUUUGUGGCACGAAAUGGACCAGAGUUUGAAUCGAUGACCAAAUCAAAACAGCGAGGCAACCCAAAGUUUGCGUUCCUGUACGGCGGCGAAUUCUUCAACUACUACCAGUACAAAGUGAUAACCAAGCAAGCAAUGAUGAAGCAGCAGCAACAGCAACCACCACAACAAAACAUGUCUUUGCCACCGUUAAUGGGACAGCACGGUAUACCUCCACUGCUGGCCGGUUUUGCACAGCAACCGCCACCCCAAGCGCAACAGCUACCCCCAGCCGUUAUGCAGCAGCACCAGCAACAGCUCCUUCAUCAACAGCAGUCCCAAGCGCAACUGGCGCCCUCCGCGAAUCCGAAUGGCGGCAACGGUUCGACUGGCGCGAUGCCUCAAAUAUGGUCCAAUCCGCCGCCGGUAAACGCCGGCCCAUCGAACACCGCCGCCCAGCUGGUGGCCAACAAUCUGAACAGUCAACUGACGGCACAACUGGAAGCACUUACCAAACAGCAGCAAGCUUUAACCGAACAAAUACGCCAGUCGGAAAUGAAUCUCACCGCUCAGCAUGGGGUUCUACUACAACAGCAACAGGUGCAGAUAGACGAAGCCCUCGUUCGGGCGCAGGAAGAGAUGCUUAUCAGCCAGUCGAAGGAACACAAUAUUCCACUGCACGAGUUCGACAGCAAGCUGCAGCCGAUCAUUGAUUCCUGCACGAAAGACAGUAUAUCGAAUGGAAAAGGCUGGAUUUUACAGCAUUGUACCGAUUCGGGAAAAUGUCAAAUUAUUUCGCAGUAUCUUUUGAGAAAGGCGUUAAUAGCUGGAGUUUUAUUUACGCAAAAAUUGCACCUGAUAUAUUUAGUAAAUGAUGUUAUACAUCAUUGUAACAAAUCUUGCAGCAUCCGGAAAAAUGCCGAAGAGCUGAAGAAAUGUCUGGAAAGCGCGGUAAUUCCCAUGUUCUGCAACGCUCAGAUUACCGCGAAUGACGAACAAAGGGUAAAGCUGACCAAGCUGCUGUCGCUGUGGGAAUCAAAGGGCAACUUCUUCGAUGCCUGCGUCAUAUCCAAGCUGAAGUCGCCGCCUUCAUCACUGCAGGAGUACCAGACCAGCCUCCUGACACAGCACGCCAACGUUGUCGCGGCGAUCACUCAAGCCACCAAGACUACGUUUGAAAACUACCAGCAACAGCAUCAAGCAUUUGUGCAACAUGCCACACAGCAGAUCGCAAUGCUGGAAAAGCAAAAGCAGCAGCAUCUCGAACAGCACGCCCGCAAAACGGGUGGCCUGGUCACGGGUGGUCCUCCGCCACUGCUCCCGGAGCUGAUGGCGGCCGUUGUCGGAGCAAACAGUGGUUCGGUAAAUGGUGGUGGUGGUGGUGUUGGAGCGGGUGUUGGUCCCUCGUUGCCUUCGGUUGGACCCGCUGGACCACAGCAGCCCCCACCAUCACAAACGGCUGAUCGUGGUGGUCCUCCCCUAGGUGGUGGCAAUGGCGGUGGUGGUGGUGGUGGUGGCGGAGGUGCCGGAGGUGGUCAGAUUCCUUCGCUGCUUGAUCAAAAUAUCAAUUUUGGGUUGCUUUCGGCUGCCUUACAGAAGCUUAAAAAUAUUCAAGACAAUGGCCCUCCGGGGAGUGUGCCGGGAGUCGGUGGAAGUGGGAACAACAUGGCCACCCAACAGCAACUACCGCCACUGCCACCACCGCAACCGGCGCCGCUUGGGCGCGAAGGAGAACCUAGUAGCGAUUAUACACAGCCACCCCCGAACUUCCCCAUUCCGGACCUGUCACGUCCGCCGCCGAACUUCCAGUACGGUGCACCGACGAACCUUCCACCGCCCGGGGACGGUAUGAACAACGUUAGCAAUAACAGUGGAAUGGCACCGGACGCUCGUCACCCGCAUCCCGAUGCUCGAACGAAUGACGAUCGGGACGAGCUCGAUGAUCGCGAUCGGGACGAUUUGGAGCAGGACCGGCAGGAGCUGCAGGACGAGCCCGAUCAGCAGGAAGAGCCGGAUGUGGUUGUACCCGCAACGGCGCCCGUCAAGAUUCCCUACUUUGAACUGCCGGCCGGCCUAAUGGUUCCGCUGAUUCGGCUCGAGGAUUACAGCUAUCAUCCGCUCGAUCCGGACGAAAUUCGGUUGCCACCGCCGACGCCCACGAACGAUCGGUUGGUCAGUGCCGUCGAAGCGUUCUACGCACCUCCGAGCCACGAGCGUCCACGGGAUGGCGAAGGAUGGGAAAAGCUGGCGCUGUACGAAUACUUCAAGGUGAAGAAUGCCUCGCGCAAGCAGAAGGAGGAUGAAAUCGAUCGAGGGCUGCGCGAUCGGUCCCGCUCCCCAUCGCCGAUCGAUCCGGACCUGCUGAAGGCGACGAAGAAGCAGAAAAAGCGUACCUAUCGCUCGAAAAGUCGUUCCCGGUCGCGUUCUCGCUCGCCGGCCGACAAUGGCACGGUGCUUCAUGCCGGGCAGCAGCAACAGCCAUCGUUGCAUGGCCCCGGUCGCAACAAUCAACGCCACCAUCGGAAUCAUCGCUCGCGCAGCAGAUCACGGUCCCGGUCACGGUCCCGAUCGCCCGCUAGUAGACGGUCGCCAUCCUCGGCCGGUCCACCGUCGGUGUCGGCCUCUGCCCGACCGAGCCGUAGUCGUUCACCGGCCCGUCGUGAUCAUCGGGAGCCGCGGGGUGGUGGUGGUGGUGGUGGUGGGCGUGACAUUCGACGAUCACCUACACCGCCAAGCUUUGGUGCCGGUGGAUACAUGAAGGCGGCCAGCAGUUUCCUCGACGAAGGAGCCGGCAGCAAACCCGGUAGCAGCAGCAGUGGAAUCGGCCCGAUCGGAGGUAACCACCAGUUUCACAACGCAAUGAAAGGUAUGGGCAGUGGUGGUGGUGGUGGUGGGGGUGGUAAUAGUGGUCCGGGUGGUACCAUGGGAGGCGAUCGUAUAGGGCUGGGAGCUACGAUAGAACCGGUCCGCCAGGACACCUACAAUCCGGCCGAUCCUUACGAAAGCUUUCGUAAGAAUAAAGGGGCUGCUUUUAUUACGCGCAUGAAAGCACGGGCGGAUGAGCGGAACUGAAGGGGGAGACCGGGGGCCCACCAACCAAGCCUGCCCCGAGAGUCAAUGUCAGGGUUUUCGCCAGUCCGUGUGUGUGUGCGUGUGUGUUUGUAACUUCAUAAUUUGUCUCUGUGUAAUAAGAACGCUAGCGAGAUUGCAAAUAAAUGUAGAUUAACAUUCUGUCCCAGGA